GUGCAUCAGCUGGCCUUUUGUGACUUUUGUCCAUCAAUCAUACAGUCACGCUCCUUCCUCGGAAAUUUAUAAUCUUCGAAUCAGAGAUCGAUGUCGCGGCGGCCGUCCGUAGCACCGGAGCCGGCUCCGCGGCUGGUCUGCAAUGCAACCACGGGUGAUCUACCGGCAGGCUGCAACCUCGGCCUGCUGGCCCGUAUCGAACUCCUGGUGCUCUUCUGCUCCGCCAUCCUCGCGCUCCUCGUCUUCCUCGGCUCCUCCAGGCGCCGGAGCAGCAGCGCCACCGUCCGCCUCGUCGUGUGGGGCGCCUUCACGGUGUCCUACCCGGUGGCGGCCUACACCAUCGGCCUCAUGCAGUCGUCCCCUUUCCACCACGAGCUCUUCGUGGUCUGGUCCUGCUUCUUCCUCUUCGUCCUCGCCAGCUCCGACUCCAUCACCGCCUACACCCUCGCCGACAUCAAGAGCCCGGCCACCGUGCUGCUCAACCGAGGCCUCCAGGUCAUCUACGUCUCCGUGCUCCUCCACUACUACGCCUCCGUGCUCUCCCCGAAGCUCAAGAUCUACCUCUUCAUCGUUUGGCUCGUGAGCUUGGGGAAGAUCGCGUUGAGCGCCCUCGGCUACCGGCUGGCGCUGCGCUCCGACAGGUUGGAGGCGGACAACAAGCUCGUCGCUGAUUACAUGACCUACGAGCACGACCUGAGCCGGCAGGGCGGCAGCGACGGAGAUCCGGUGACCAUGGAAGGGUACAAGUACAUAGUCAGAGGGGAGGAGACGGACGUCAUGGAGCUAACGGCGCCGGACUACGUCAAGAAGAUCAAGGUGGACGGCGCGCGUGCGCUGGUGACGGUCGAGAGCGUCUGGCGGUGCAAGGGGCGGUUGCUGAUGGGCAGCUCCGUCGCCGACGCCAGCGCCGCCGCGCGACGGGAUCUUUGCCUCUCCUUUGCCCUGUUCAAGCUGCUCCGGCGGAGGUGCAGCAACUAUCCCCUGGCCGAGUCCGGCCAACCCAAGACGAGGGACUUUGUCCUCAGGGGCCUCCUCGGACAGGGAAAAGACGACGACGACGACGGCGACGGCGACCGGAGAUCAAGACGAGACGGCAGAGCUUUCCGGGUGAUCGAAGUGGAGCUCGGCUUCCUCUACGACCUGUUCUACACGAGGUAUCCCUUCAUCUGCCACGCCGCGGUGAGCACGGCACCGCACCUCGCCAUGUGCGCCCUCGUGAUGACCAUCGGCGUGCUCACCCUCUCCUCCCACUCGCUGCGACACUACCACCCUACUCACCAUAGAAGCAUCGAGGUCAAUGGCGUCAACCUCGACGUCGCCCUCACCAUGUUCAUCAUAGCGCUAGUCAUCGUCCUCGAGGCGUACCAGUUCGUCGCCGUGCUCUUCUCCGACUGGCAGAAGGUGAAGAUGCUGUGCAGGUACGUCCUCCGGCCGUCAUGGCAGGGGAACCCGUUCUUCGAGGCGGUGUUGCGCGUGCUGUGCUACUGCGGCAGUGGCGUGUACUGGAAGAAGACGAUGAGCCAGUACUCCAUCGUCCGCCACGCCUCUCCUGGCCACGCCGUGAAGGACUGGCUGUCGCGGGCGACUCGCCGGUGGCUGGACAGGCUCAUGUUCAACGGCGGCAAGGCGCGAUCGGUGAAGGUGUCGGCCGCGGUGGAGAGCGCGCUCGCGUCUGCACUGAGGGAUCGCGACGACGAUGACGGCGUCCUCGGCGGCGGCGGCCGCGCCGCGCUGCGGCAACACAGGCUAGACUGGGCGUGGGGAGGCGCGACGUGGCGCACGUGCGCGCACGCCAUUCUCAUCUGGCACAUCGCCACUUGCCUCUGUGACAUGCAGAUGCCGGCGGCAAUAACCCACAAGAAGACGCGGCCGCGAGCGAGAAAGGCCGCCGGCGGCGGCGACGGCGACGGCGACCGUGCAGUGGCGACGAGCCUGUCGAGGUACUGCGCUUACCUGGUGUCGUCGGCGCCGGAGCUGUUGCCGGAGCACCAGUACACCACCCGGACGAUCGCCGAGGCGGUGCUCCUCGAGCUCCGGGUCUGCCUCCGUGGCUGCGCGUCGGACAAGGAGGUCUUGGACAGGUUGAAGGCGGUGGCGGAGACGGCGACCGCGAGCUCGCCGGAGAGCGGCAUCCAUGUGCACGGUGCGAGGCUUUGGACACAGCUGAUGGUGAUCCCGGACCAGGAGAUGACGUGGAAGCUCCUGGCCAGGGUGUGGGCGGAGCUGAUGCUGUUCGUCACCCCGGCGGACAAUGCGACGGCGCACGUCCAGCAUUUGACGAUGGGCGGCGAGCACAUUACCCACCUCUGGGCACUGCUGACACACGCUGGCAUCGUCGACCGGCCUAAUUCUCCGUCCCCACACCCACAUCCGGCGCCGUAAAUUGGCACCACUGUAUAUCGGUCAUUAUAUUCCUCCUUAUUGCUGCUAUAUUUAAUUGUGUUCCUCCUUAUUACUGUUGUAUUUUGUGUCCGCUGAGUACUUCUGUUUUUGAGUUAAAUGUUCAUGUUUGUUUUGGUGCUCAGUUAGCUUUAAUUUGGUGUCUUAGUAGAGACCUUAAUUCUAGCUCAAGCAACUUUCUUUAAAGGUUGUUUUCCACUUUUACUCUACUAGCACUUUUCGCGCUAAUGUAAUCUCUUUACUCAUGCUUGAUCUCCAUUGUUAUAAAAACUA